AUGUCUCGGGCUAUUCGUCGAGGUCUUAAGAACCUCGAAGAGCUUGAGAAAGAGGAGGCUGAGGAGGCUGAAGCUGAGAGGGUUCGUGUUGCUGCCGAAGUGCAGGCUGUGGUGGCUGAGGAAUCUGCUGUUGUAGCUGGAGAUUCUUCUUUUGAGAGUUUUGACUGGAA